ACCUGUUUAGUUCCAUUCCAUACCAAAUCCUGAUCCAUAGCUGUAGCGCACAAUCAUAUCUCCGUUUCACUGUCAGCCCACCCCCAUCUCACCCUGCACUAUUGGUACGCUCCACCAAAGCGACACUCUCCCGGAAGUUGAUAGCGUCGCUUAGCAACAGUUAUGUCUGCGAACGGGAGCCCUAGAUCUGGAGCAGAAGAUGUCCCUGAUACAGAAGAGAAGCCACAGGCCACAAAUAAUGCGGCUGCAAGUGAAGACAUAUCUGUUGCAGAAGGAGAACAACCUCUUUCACCAAAAGCUUCUGACACAGAUGAGGCAAUGAUUACCAGCAGUCACAGUGCGGUCCCUAACUACUUUGGUGACAUUACCCAGAGGUCAGCCCUGUCUCAGGAUAUGGAGCAACUUGAAGAAUCAGGUGAAACAGGAGUGGUGGGGUCAUCGUCCUAUUCCACUUUUCAUCAGUUUGCCAUGCAGAUGGGAGAGACUGAUGAUGAGGCAAAUAACCAAGAUUCAGAUGACCCAGUAGGGGAAGAGGAGACAGCUGAAGAGGAAGAGGAAAAGAAAGAAUAUGAUGAUAAAGAAUCAGAACUGGUUGUCCUGGACCCAGACCAUCCUCUGAUGGGAAGAUUCCAGACGGCUCUCAAGACCUAUUUAACAAAACAGAUCAAGAGUCUGGACCUAGAGUUGCGUGAAAUGACUGAAUCCAUGAAGAAUAAUAAGAAAGAGCGUGAGGAUCUUGGCAUGUUUCUGUAUGGGGUGCAGCAGGAACUGGCUCGCCUGCAGAUGGGACUUGAAAAGCAGCAUGACAAACAUUCACAUGUCUCUGUCCAACGCCGUCAGAAAGAGGAUGAGCUGGAAACAAUAAGGAAUUUGUACAAGAAGACCCAUCAGAUCACAGACACAGAGCGCAAGAAAGUAUCCUCCAUGCAGACAGAGGUAGAAAAUUUAGCACUGAGGCUUUUUUAUAUGGAGAAUAUGAAUCGGGAUGUGCGUUCGGACAUUAAUGUAAUGAAACGUGCAGUGCAGAAAGCAGAGAUGGAGAGGCUGCAAGCAGAGGUGGAGAAAAAAAAACAGGAUAUUUUUGUGGAUCGGCUUACCUGUGAGGUGGACCGUCUUCGUGAGCAGAUUGCCCUUUAUGAAGCCCAAGUCUCUGCACAGAGAGAAGACACUAAGGCUGCAAGGGAGACAGUAGCAGAGGCCUGUAUGGAGAUUGAGGCCAUUGCUGUAGAGAAGAAACAGCUUAUUCAGCAGUGGAACAGCAGUCUGAUUGGUAUGACAAGACGAGAUGAAGCCUAUGCUGCCAUUCAGGAGGCUUUUAGUCUUGCUCAACAGGAACUCCUCUCUAUAGACGCUGAGAUUGAAGGCUGUAAGAAGACAAUUACAAAGGAGGAGGAGAGAAAUGAGCAGCUUAACUUCAUGUUGAACCGUGCAGAAAGUGAUGCCGCUAUGAGCAAGAAACAGGUCGCUCAGUCUCUUACUAAGCAGGAGGCAUUGCGCCUGGAGUUCAGCACAUAUGCACGUACAUUGCAGGAGACUGAGCAAGCGAUAAAUAGGGUCGCUGUUGAGCGGUCUGGGUAUGUGAAUGAAAUCACAGCUAUGCAGAAAAAAAUUGAGAAAGAAUCUCAGGUGAAAGUGAACCUCGAAGCACAGAUAUUGGCAAAGCUGCAAGAGAAGAUGACAUCUGACAAGGCAGCCAAAUAUUCCUCUCUCCUUGCAGCCAAGCUGCAAAAGCAAACGCUAGAAUUGGAAAUUAAUUGUUCAAAGGUAGAAAAUGAAACAGCUCAGAUCUCUCUGGAGAUCAACCACAGCUUGUCACGUAUGAAAGCUCUGCAGAAGACUCUGGUUGACUUGGACAAAAACAUUGAAGACACCAAUGAUCUGAUUUCCCAAAGUCAGAAUGAGAUAACCAAACGUACACUGGCAAUUGAGAGGAAACAAGCCACCAUUAAUUUAUUCAGCAAGCAAAUAGAAGCCACCAUCGCACAGACUGGGGGGAAAGAAGUGGGACCAUUGGAAAUCCAAAUCACUGCAUUGACCAAGCAGAUCGAUGAAUGCAACUCAGAGAUCAUGUCACUCCAGCAGUACUGGCUGCGACUACAGACUGAGAUGGUGAAUCUAACCAAGCAAAGGGAAGAACAGGAUGCGUCUGUGGAAAUGCUGAGGAGAGAACUUACUAUCCUACAGCAGAAGAAAAUUCGUACUGAAAAUGAAAUAGAGCAAGAAAAGAACGAACAAAAAGAUAUUGAACAUCAUAUGAGGAACCUGAAAAAUGACAUGGUUCGGCUCAACAUGCUGCUUAGCAAGAAUAGCAGCACUAAAGAACAGCUCCAGCAGAACAACCAGCUGAUGGAAAGCGAGUUCAUGCGCUCGCUUCGUGAGGCAGAAAGGGAGUCUAUAGAGAUGCAGGAAAAUCUACGAAACCUUCAAGAAGAGAAGGAAAGAAUUCUUCACAGCCUUGUUGAAACAGAGCAUCAGAUCAUGUUGUGGGAAAAGAAGAUCCAGCUGGCAAAGGAAAUGCGAAAUGCAGUGGACUCUGAGAUUGGGCAGGGUGACAUACAAGCAAUGAAAGCUGAGAUACAUAGAAUGCAGAUAAGACACUCGCAGCUAAUGAAACAACAAGAGAAGAUGAUUUGUGACAUGGAGGCUGUGGUAUCUCGAAGGGAAACGAUUGCAAGGAGGGGACAAGGACAAAGUGAGAAGAAUAAGAAGCAGUUAACCGUCAGUGACUUUCGUAGGAAACUACAAGACUUAAGGAAAAAAAUAAAAGAAAUUCAGAAAAACACAGAAGAGUGCACAGACACCAUUGCUGACCUAGAAGACACCCAGGAGUCACUCACUGCAGCCAUUGCUGAGAAACAGCACAAUAUCUCCACUAUGAAACAGGAUUUUAGUUCCACGGCGGCUGAAAUAGAACAGCUGCAGGAAAAAAAACGACAGAACCUGUUGCAAAUCGUGUCCUACCAGACCCGCCUGAAGCACCUGCAGGCUGUGAAAGAUGGAAAAUAUAAACCUCUUUGCAGCACAUGGCAAGCACUGGAGGCAGAGCAGCACAAACAAGAGAGCCGCAUACACACAAUCAGCACCAUAAUCCACCAAAUUCAGCAAGAGUACCCACAGUUCCAGAGUGACCUGCACAGCAUCAGUCUGGCUUUUGAAGCACACACAGGAUCCCAGACUGAUACAUCCGAGAGGGCACCUUGACUAAACACUGACAAACAAAAGAAAUGAUCUUCUUAUAGAUAUUUAACUAAUAUCAUAGUAAAAAAUACAAAGUAUAGCUCACUCUUUGCUUUUUUUUAGCACUGGCUAGUAAAUCUCUAUUGAAUACUGCUAUAUCACUAUAGUUUAUAUAAAUAAGCUGCUGUGUAGCUGGGGGGCAGCCAUUCUAACUGGAGAAAAGAAACAGGUUACAUAGCAGCUAACAGACAAGCUCUAUAAAAUCCCAUAGUGUUUUACUGGACUUAUCUGUUAUCUGCUAUGUAACCUGUGCCAUUCAGCCCUAUUUCAGUUUAAAUACUGUAGCUACCCUCUAUAGUUACACAGCAGCUUUGAUUACACAAGAUAUAGUUUUCUUUCUUUCACACCAGUUUAACCAGUGCAGGGCGACCCUACAUAAUAUUUUAAUUACUUUAAUACACUCAUUUUUUUGGUGUUACUGUUCCUUUAACACAAAAAGUUUCAUCAUGUAAUGCUAUUAUGUGCUGUGGCAUAUGUUGGAUUUUAAUUACAACUACAUGUAUGGAAACUGUUAUCCAGAA